UUUCCCCUAAAGAGAAGCCGAGAACACGCGUAACCGAGCAAGCUCUGGUGAUUAAACCGUAUUACCAAACCCAGCCCUAACGCGAGCACUGGAUGAUUUAAUCUCGGACAGAAAGCAAGCAGAAGGAGGAGGAGGAGGAGGAGGAGGAAGAGAAGAGCUAAUCUAAUCGGAUUAUGGAGCUGCACUUUAGGAGCACAUGAAUCUGAGAGCUACAGAUGGACACGCAGCUCGCAGUGCGCAAACGCGAACAGGACAAUGCGGCUUUUAACGACUUUCAGCCGGGAUUAAUUCGUGUUCGGUAAAUGUUUUAUGUAGGCAUCUUGGACGGAGAUACAUGAUGAGGGAUCUACAAACUGGAAUAAGUUUAGGAAGAUAGCCUAAGGGGGAAUGAUGUACGGAGCUACGAGAGAAACGCUAACUUAUUCUUCUUCUUUUUAUUAUCACUACUCUGACUUGGCGAACACUUCGUUUCCGAUGUCAGAUGACUUAAAGUGCGAUUUGACUGGUUAACGGGUUAGAUGUUGCUAAUGAGGGACCAGGAGGAUGGUGGAGGCUCCUCACCGGGCAAACUUAAAGCCAAAGUCAGCAACUCGUCCACUCAAAUCCACCCGACCAUCACGCAGGAGCCGCCGGACAUCCACUACAGCGUCUACGACGAGGAUCUGGGUUCGUGUGAGUUUUCUGAGGAUGACUAUGAGGAAUACGAGGAAUACGAUGAGCUCUCCAACUCGUCCGACACACGGAGCAUCGCCUCGGAUGACUCGUUUUACCCGCCGGAUGAAGAGCUCACGGAGUCGGAGUGCGCACCAACCCCCGGGACUCUGUCGCUUUUCCGGGCCUGUUGCAGUAACAGUGCCCUCACCGUCAAGGCUCUGAUCCGGCAGGGGGUGACGGAGGAAGAGGUGCGAGAAACUGACAAGAACAACCGGACGGGGCUGAUGGUGGCGUGUUAUCAUGGCUACGUGGACAUCGUCAUCGCACUUUCUCUGUGUCCUCAUCUGGAUGUGAACUGGCAGGACAACGAGGGCAACACGGCUCUGAUCACAGCUGCACAGGCCGGCCACAUCAUCAUCACUAACUACCUGCUCAACUACUUCCCUGGCCUCGACAUCGAGAAGAGGAACUGUCACGGAUUCAGCGCGCUGAUGAAAGCUGCCAUGCAGGGCCGAGUGGACUGUGUCCGAGCGCUGAUCAUGGCAGGUGCUGAUUUGGAAGCCAGAGAUAACGGGCGUAAGCUGACUCCUCGUGAGUGGGCGCUGUUCACCGGACGAUACGAGACGGUGUCGGUCAUGCAGCGGCUCGUCCGGCGGCCGUGUCCUGAACAGUGCGGCGACUCGUACCGGCCCGAGUGGCCCUUACUUCCGGCUCUGGUGGCUAAAUCGCAACAGCGCAAAGGCUGCGUCCAGAAGAUGCUGGAGACCCUGCGCGACUUUUUCGACAUCAGCAAUGUGACGGAAGCUUCAGAAGAUGGCGUCUUUGACCACAUGGUGCAGAUGACAACAGCACUGGGCAGCCCGUUUAUCGCCACGUCCUGUCGGACGGUGUGUCCCGGGAGUCCACCGUGCGUCGGAAAACGCCGCUACUCGGUCCAGGAGAUCCUGAAAAAGCAGCGCCUGCAGCAGCUCAAAGGACUCGGACCCGAACGCAUGGAGACGUUCAGACGCCUUUUCCAGAACUCUCGCGUCACUCUGUUGCCUAAACCCAAAGACAGACGCGCUAGCCUUCAGCCCCCGAAUCCCAGGGACUCUUCUGCACUCCGGAGGGGAAGUCUCCUUCCGCUCCACCUGGUGAGACGGAGCAGCGUAAGACCAGGCCUGGUGGUGCCCAAGCUUCGGAUCACCAAGGCUCCGACGGAAUCGUACCAGCCGGAGAAGGAGCGGCGGAAAAGCAGCUGCAACAGUGGCCAGUUCCUUCAGGUGCCCAAGUGGAGAUACAAAGAACUCAAAGAAGAAAGAAAGAAGGCGGAAGAAGCUGAGAAGAAACGUCUGGAGGCCAUCACUCGGAGACACCUCACCGUGGGGAAACAGAAAUAACACCAAGUUGUGCACUACGGGGCUUUUCAUACUUGAAACUUUUGAUGCUGAUGAUAAUUUAUUUUCAUAUUUAUUCUUGGUCACUUUGUGAUACUACAAGCUUUGUAAACAUAAUAAUGUUAGGACCAACAUCCUAGCUGUUCAUGGCUGAAGCAUCUACACUACCAGCAGAAACAUCACAGCCAAAAUAUUUCUACAAACUAAAAAUGUUUUCUAAAGCAAUGCAUAAAAAAAAUCUCAUCUCAGAAACACUUCCUAUCUGUAAAAUCCCAGGAACGAAACCUGAAUGUGAAAUAGGUGAAAUCAGUGGGUGUGGCCUAAUAUUAUAAUGAGCACAUUUGAUCAACUGAGACUCCAGAAAGUUUAUAAGCAGCACCAUGUCUCUUUCUGUUCGAGAGGUGCCAAUACUUAUGAAUCUGGAACACUUUUGAGAAAAAUGCAGAGCAGGCAAAAAUAAAAACACUAAACAGAAUUGAAUAACAUUUCUCCUCACGGAAAACUCACACACGUCACAUCUGUAGUCUGUGUUAAUGCGCUAUUACAUCACAGUGCUGCUGCGUUCUGAUUGGUCAGGACACUACACAUAGACUGAUAUUAAAAAAAAACAACAACAAUAAGCUGAUAUGGUAAAGGUUUCUGAACGUUGCUGAAUGUUCAAUUAAGGUUUAUUAAUUGAACUCUUUGUAAAACUCUGAGGCAAGUUUCCAGAGUUCCUUUCCGGUUUCUCAGGAACAUGAAAUGUUUCUGGGUUUUUUUUCCAUCAUGUGAUCUACAUGAGAGACUGAAAAGACGCUGCUGAGGGAAGGAGUGUUUACAGCUGCUGUAACAGGAAGUGACAUCAGCAACUAAAUCGUUUCCUGGGGAUUAAACGUAACCAUAAACAUAAGAAGUAUGACAGGUGGUUGUGGUAUAAGAGCAAUAAAACACUUCGGAAUUUUUUGAACUAGCGUCUCGGUCCGUCAACGACGAAGCUGCAGUGUGAAAAUUCUCAUGGACACUCUAAUCAGCACCCGAAUCUCAGGUUCUGGACAUUACUGUAUUCCUGACCACGGUACCACUGUGCCUCUGUUCCUACACCUAGUGUUCAUAUAGCUCCCUCAAUGCUGUGUGCUCCAGAAUUAUUGGCACCCCUUCAUGAAAAAUUCAUCUAUUCAGAGUUUCAGAUGAACUGCAUGAUCCCUUAAAUAAAUAAAUAAAUAAAUCUCAAAUAUGAAUACAGCCACAUUGUGUAUACUUUUUGAAGUAUUAAUUUGACAU